AUGUAUAAUAACCACUUCCGCCACCCGUUGGAUGAAGAUGACACUGCCAAUGAGAAGUCGCCCAGAAGGCAGGCCACACACCGCAAAACAGAUUCAUUUGCCUCUCGGAUACCAACUUUAACUCCAAGAAAUGGCGAAAAGUCACGCCUCACAUUCAAAAACACACGAACACUCACAGGCGCAUUCCAGGCAACUGCCGACCGUUCACGCACACCGGAAGAUCCCAAUGAAAUUUCUCACAGAUCAAAGAUACCAGAAACUGGGAAAGGGGGCAGGGCAUCUGUGGCCUUUCCUCCCUCACCCGUUUCUAGCCCCCCCGCUGAGCUUUACGAGACAUAUCGACAGGCUGACGUGGAACACCGGGCAGACCCUAUUGACGACGAAUUCGAAGUACCCCAAGCACAACACCGCGAGAUGCGCUCCAAUUCUCCGAGUCCAGGCCCAAGGCGACGUGAAACAAGUGGUGAGAUUCAUACCGGAGCUACAUACAAUACCAAGCCCAAUAUACAAGAUAUUCUCGAUGAGGAGUUGCGAAAAGGUAUACGCCAACGAGAAAUGGAUGACAGGAGGUUGAAGCGCGCAACGGGGAGAGAACAACCAGUAUUUAGUAGAGCAAAGAUGGGGCGAAGAGCAACUUUGUCCACUGAAAACCUACAACGGCGGAAUGAGGAGGUACGCGGGGAAGAAGCUCGGGAAGAGGUGGUGGACCAGGGGACAGAUCUUCCAGUCAACGUUCCUAAAACUUGGGGCACGCGAGGCAGAGCCACAAAAGAUUGGUUGAGUAGGACUUAUAAUCAAGAUGAUCGUCUUGCCGAUGAAGAUGAAGAGGAUCUAUUUCACGACCCAGAGAACGACGUUAUAGAUUUUACGGCCCAAUCUUUGCAGAUUUCGAACAGUCCACCUGUUAAAGGAGGCUCUCGUAACUUUGACGAACCAUAUAGGGCUGAAUUAAUUAGCCAACCUCUGUUCACUAAACAAGCGUCAGAAGAAUAUCCAGUGAAGCCGCAAGGGGUCAACGCCCACCUCCACCGUGACAGUCCUACCAAGGAUACUCCAAUUACUGUAUACAGGAGUGCGAACUAUGAAAGAGCUAAGAUACCCAAUAAAGAAGAUUCUCACGAGUUUCUAAGAAAAUUGGCGCGUAAGGAAAGCCCAAGUAUUUCCAACACCCCUGAAACAAAAGUCCCGGCGAAAACACCCCUUAACCCUAAAACACCCAUGGUUAUGGGGGCAUGGAUUGAUACCCCUCUCCCCGAGCGAUCUUCCAACCAUGUAGAAUCAACUCUAGAACCCUUAGAAACUAUGCAAGAAAAACCCAAAGAAGCAGUUCCUUGUCUGGAAGAAUCGAAAAAGGAACCCCCCCCUAAGGAACCACGACGAAGACGCUCAUCUUCGAUAAAACUAGAAAAGCCUAAUCUACCGAAAAGUGCAUUGGCUGCCGUGAUCGAAGAAGCUAUGUCUGGAAACAAUAGCCUGGGACUUGAAGAAAACACGAUUGAUUCUCUCCAAAGGAUACUUGAAGACAAUUCAACAAGCAGUUCCGACUUGCUAGACUCAGAAAAAUCAGGAAAGGGUCAUUUAUCCUCCUCCCAACAAGGCAACACGGAACAAGCAAGUGAAGAAGCAUUGAUAGACAGACUGAAUUCUAAGCUUCGGUCACUUGUUCAAAAUAUCAGCGAGGCCAAGGCAGGACUUGUUAGCCUGGAAGACAAAGCUGCAAAAGAUGCCACGCUUCUUGCAAGUCGUCGUAUUAAGCAAGAAAGACCUCGUCUCCCCCAGAAUGGCGAAUGUGAAGCAUGCGGCUUUCACGAUGAUGGUCGUCGUUAUUUGGCUAUCCCUAUUCCUCGCCUUUGGCGCCUUGACUCAGGUAGCGGAAGACGACACUUAACCAGGUUAGGCUGGAUUUUGAUGUUUCUUUUUAUAUGGCAAGUUUUUGAAGCUCUCAUUGAAACCUACCGCUACCAUCCUUCCUUCCUCAACAAGCGACGCUACAUGGCAUCUAGAAACCCUGAAUGGCCCGCUUUUGUCCCUGGUACAAUCUGGCGCUGGCUCAAUCUCAACGCGAUAUGGAGGCCAAUUCGUGAUACUAUGUUCGUAUGUGUAAAGUUUAUUGGAACGUCACUGGGGCUGUGGGAUCCAUUCUUCGAUGACUGGAUGUACGGAGAAGAAUGGUAUGGAGAGAAUUGGAUUCAGAGAUACAACCAUCAUGUUUAUCCGGAGUUUUUCCGGCGAGAAUCGCUUGUGCCACAGAAAUUACACCUAACUCCCGGCUUUGCACGCCCUGUUGCAGCUGCUACUGGUGCCAGUGGUCGCGUGAUGAUUGAUCCAGAUCUGAGCAUGGAUGCCGACAUGAUAAUAUCAUAA